AUGGAAGGUGUUGGAGCAAGAGUUAUUCGAGGACCUGAUUGGAAAUGGGGUAAACAGGAUGGUGGAGAAGGACAUGUAGGAACAGUAAGAAAUUUUGAAUCUCCAGAAGAAGUUGUUGUAGUUUGGGAUAAUGGCACUGCUGCUAAUUAUAGAUGCUCAGGAGCAUAUGACUUACGAAUUGUAGAUAGUGCACCAACGGGUGUCAAACAUGAAGGUACUAUGUGUGACACAUGCCGUCAACAACCAAUAUUUGGUAUUCGUUGGAAAUGCGCUGAAUGCAGCAACUAUGACUUGUGCUCUGUUUGCUAUCAUGGGGAUAAGCAUCACUUGCGUCAUAGAUUUUAUCGUAUCAGUGCACCAGGAGCACAACGCUGUCUUGUUGAACCACGGAGGAAGAGCAAGAAGCAGGCUGUAAGAGGCAUUUUUCCCGGAGCAAGAGUUGUCAGAGGGGUAGAUUGGCAAUGGGAGGAUCAAGAUGGUGGAAAUGGAAGAAGGGGUAAAGUCAAUGAGAUACAGGACUGGUCAGCGGCUAGCCCAAGAUCUGCUGCUUAUGUUGUGUGGGACAAUGGUGCCAAAAACCUUUAUAGAGUUGGUUUUGAAGGCAUGGCUGAUUUAAAGGUGGUAAAUGAUGUUAAAGGCCAAAAUGUGUACAAAGAGCACCUACCACUAUUGGGGGAAAUGGGCCCUGGUCGCACUGGACCCCAUGGUUUGCAAGUUGGGGAUCAUGUGAACGUUGAUUUGGAUUUGGAGAUAGUACAGUCUCUACAGCACGGUCACGGCGGGUGGACGGACGGCAUGUUCGAGUGCCUCAGCACCACCGGCACGGUCGUCAGCAUCGACGAAGACCACGACAUAGUGGUCACGUAUCAGAGUGGCAAUCGAUGGACAUUUAACCCCGCUGUGUUGACUAAGGUGUGCAACCCCUCAGUGGGCGCGUCGACGUCCGCACCAAACCACGGGGGCGCGUUCGCGGUGGGCGACCUCGUGCAGGUGUGCUCGGACCAGGAGCGUGUUAAAGCACUGCAACGCGGCCACGGCGAGUGGGCCGAAGCUAUGGCUCCGACGCUCGGCAAAAUCGGUCGCGUGCAGCAAAUUUAUCACGAUAACGAUCUGAAAGUAGAAGUCUGCAACACUUCAUGGACUUACAAUCCGAAUGCGGUCACUAAAGUGGCGUCGUUCGAUGGCAGCAUUCCAGGAAAUUCAUCAGGUGACCGUCUAUACGUCCUGCUGAAGAAGUUGUUCGAGUCGCACGUAACAGGCGACGCGAAUGAGGAACUGGUGAAGGCAGCCGCCAACGGCGACGUGGCGCGUUGCACCGACAUACUGGCGCGGGACGGUGCGCAGGCAGAUGUGAACGGCGUGUAUGGCGGGCAUACUGCGUUGCAGGCGGCAGCCCAAAACGGUCACGUGGAGGUAAUACGUGCACUAGUGGAAGCUGGCGCGGAAGCUGACGCAGAGGACCGCGACGGCGACCGCGCGGUGCACCACGCGGCCUUCGGCGACGAGUCCGCAGCCCUGCGCGCCCUGGCCUCCGCCGGCGCGGACCUCAACGCACGUAAUGGCGGACGACAAACUCCAUUACACAUCGCGGUUAAUAAAGGACACCUGGCAGUAGUGCGCACGCUCCUUCAGCUAGGUGUACAUCCAAGUUUGCAGGAUUCUGAUGGUGACACCCCGUUGCAUGAUGCUAUUUCUAAGAAGCGUGAUGAUAUAUUGACUUUGCUGUUGGAUCACGGAGCUGAUAUGACGCUUACAAACAACAACGGAUUUAACGCCCUACACCAGGCUGCGCUACGAGGCAAUCCAAGAUGCAUACAUAUGAAGACUUACUGGUACUGGCGAGAGAAGCCAGUACUACCUAGUAAAAGACAACGGAACGUUCACCUCUUCUUCUUAAUAGGGCAUCGCAGGAUCACUACUGAGCUCCCCAACCACGCCAAGGUGAACAUAGAUUGGGGG